GACGCCCCCCCCCCCCGCUGCUCCCCCCGGGCCCUGGCCAGGCCGGAAGCAGGAGCCGGACCGUGGAAAGAGCCGCCCAAGGAGCCCGGCCACGGUGGGGAGCCCCGGACCCUGCACCCGCCUUGCGCGGCUCCAGCUUCCGGCCUGGCUAGGACGGCCUCGAGGGGGGACAGGGGGCGGGGCCUCACGGUUCCGGGCCCCCCCCCGGGUGCCGGCGCUCUACCAGGGACCCACUGCCCGUGCCGCGAGCGCGGCGGAAGCUGACCCAACCCAAGGGAGUGAAGAGCUGGGCCUCCAAGUUGAGCAGUAGGGGACAGGCGCAGGGGAAUUACUGCGCAUGCGCUGGGCGCGUGACCUUGCCCAGCAUAGGACGCACGUCCUAGAGCGCUCUUCUUCCGCGCGCUGUGGUAGCUGAGUUCGCCUGCCGCAGCGCCCGUUCCCGAGCCAGUGCGCGUGCGCGUCCUGGGGGACGUCGGGGCCUCUUCUCCUUUCCUCCCUCCCGCUCACGCCCCGGGCGCUCUCGGGCCCACCAUGGUGCUGAGCGGUUGCUCGGGGGUCAGGCUUUGGGGCAGGGCUCGGGUUGGGGUCCUGGACCCCAACCAUCCCCCGAAGGGGAGGCAUCCUGGGCCUGACGUGGGCGCCUCCAAGAUCCAAUUGAGGCACAAGUUGGGGGUCCCUGGGGUGCAGGUGGGGCCCCCCAGGCCUGCGGUGGGGGUCCCUGGGGUGCAGGUGGGGGUCCCCAGGCCUGUGGUGGGGGUCCCUGGGGUGCAGGUGGGGGUCCCCAGGCCUGUGGUGGGGGUCCCUGGGGUGCAGGUGGGGCCCCCCAGGCCUGCGGUGGGGGUCCCUGGGGUGCAGAUGCGGUCCCUCAGGUUUGCGCUGGGGCCCCAGUUUGCCCAAUUGCGGCCCUAUAUGGGGGGGCCCUGCAACAGUGCAGAGGGGCAGCAUUGGGAGGGCAGUGAGGUGCUGCUGGAUGUGUGCCAAAGGAGGCACUUUCUAAGAGGGGACCAGCAGCAGACACUCACCUGGGACUCUUACCUGAGGGGCUGCCACCCAGGCCUUGGGCCCCUGGGGAUGGAGCUGAGGAAGAACUUGGCAGCCCAGUGGUGGGCCUCGGUGGUGGUUUCCAGGGAGCAGGUGUUUGCAGUGGAUUCUUUGCUACAUCGUGCUCCAGGAGCUGGCAUGCUGCCUGCAGGGGAGGCUUUCAGGCUGAUACAGGUUGGAAAGCUGCGUGAAAUCUUCCAGAAUAAAGAAUUAAACAAAGAGCAGAUAACUGCAGCUCUGGAAAAGGUGCUAGGGAUGUCUGGGGUGCUGCGAGAGGACCUUCUUCAUGGUGCUCUACAGCAAUAUAUUAAUUGUCUAGAAUUGGUAAACAAGAGGCUGCCAUGUGGACUUGCUCAGGUUGGAGUAUGUUUUCAUCCUGUUCCGGACAUUGAGCCUCAAAAUGACAACAUCGCAAGAAUAGGCGAAAGGACAAUGUCUUCCCUUGUAUGGUUUAGCUCCGCCAGAACUGCAGGACAGUGGCUUGAUUACUGGUUACGCCAGCGGCUCCAGUGGUGGAGAAAGUUUGCGAUAGGCCCAUCCAACUUCAGCAGCAGCGACUUUCAAGAUAAAGAGGGAAGAAAAGGAAAUAAUUUGUACUACAGCUUUCCUUGGGGAAAGGAACCAAUAGAAACGUUGCAGAGUCUAGGAGAUAAUGAACUGUUACAAAUGUAUCCAGGGAAUAAAUCAAAAUUACAUGGCCGGGAUGGAAGGAAGAAUGUUAUUCCUCAUGUGCUGUCUGUGAGUGGCAAUUUGGACCAAGGAGUGCUAGCGUAUCUUUGUGAUUCUCUGCAACUCACAGAGAGCUCUCUAACAAGAAAGAAAACUCUUCAAAGAAAGGUACUUAAGCUUCACCCUUGUUUAACACCAAUAAAAGUUGCUUUGGACGUGGGAAGAGGCCCAACAAUGGAGCUGAGACAGGUGUGUCAGGGGCUGUUCAACGAAUUGAUAGAGAAAGGAAUCUCUGUGUGGCCUGGGUAUCUUGAAACCAUGCACACACCCCUGGAGCAACUCUAUGCAAAGUAUGAUGAGAUGAGUGUCCUCUUCACAAUCUUGAUCAGUGAUGCUACGCUGGAGAAUGGAGUGGUUCAGCUGAGAAGCAGAGACACAACCAUGAAAGAAAUGAUGCACAUCUCUCGAUUGAAGGACUUUUUAAUUAAGUACAUAACAGCAGCUAAAAAUGUAUAAAUUAGAACCUCUCUAAUAAAAGGAAUUUUGUA